CGAGCAGUGUUGGAAAACGCUUAAGACUUGACGUUGACCUCCACAAACGUGUAAGCUCAAACAUUAAGCCCCAAAAAACCGGAGAACGGAAUGGCCGAGCAGCGACGCCGUUUCCGCAACAAGAAGAGGGAUGACACCUCCUCCGGUCUCCUGGCACCCGUGACCAUUGCCCGGCGCGAGGAUUCCCGAUUGGUGCAGCCAAAGAUUCUGCUGAAGAAAGACCGCGACCGGGACAAGGAGUGGGAAAGGGAUCGGGACGUUGAGAAAGAUAAGGAGGCGGAGCCGAGUCCCACCAGCGGUAGCAGUUACCCUGAUGCACCGGCGGCCAUCAAAACGAUUAUAAUCAAUCGAACGAGCGAGCUGCGACCGGCGGACAGGUGCCAGAUGUCCAUGAUUGCAGGGGGUAUGGGAGGCGGAGCACUUUCCCUUGGAAGUGGGCAACUUUCCGCCGUGCCUUCGACCUCCGUUUGUGCUGCCUUAGCUAGCUCUGCACCGAAUGGGCGGGACAAAAAUAACUGCAGUGGUGGCGCAGGAGCAGCAGGCACCCCGGCCGGAUCCACAAGUGCCCUUCUUGAGCAGCACCCGCCGCGCAUGAACCGCCCCACGCCCCUUAUUGUGGCCAACGGGGUCUUUAAUGCCAAUGCCCGCAAGCUGUUCCACAAAACCAACACGGAUUUCACCGUCAUUGGCGUCUUGGGAGGGCAGUGUUCCGGAAAAAGCACGCUGCUCAAUCUUCUGGCCGCUGAGCGGUCUCUGGACUACGACUACUACCAACACCUGUUCUCGGCAGAGGCGGAUGAGUGCGUCUUCGCCACCCGGCACAGGGCUAAGCCAAAUAAUGGACAGAAGACUAUUUUGCGUCCUCGCACCGAGACCUUGCAGUUCUUUAUCACCCGGGAACGUCAUAUUCUGCUCGACACGCCACCGCUGCUGCCGGUGGGCAAGGAACCGGACCAUCAGGACCUGCAUUCCCUGGCGGCAAUGGCGCAACUUUUGAGCGUAUGUCACGUCCUGAUUUUGGCCAUUGACGGCUUGGCCGUGGAGCAGCUGCGUAUCAUAAAUGCUGCCCUUCGACUGAGACCGACGUUUCCCUGCAAAGGCUAUGUACGGGACCACCUGCCGCAGGUGCUGUUCGUGCGCACACGUGCCCAGCGGCUGGAUUUCGAGCCGCAGCAGCGGGAACGACUUGACAAGAAGCUGGCGUAUCUAUACGGGCCCACGGGAUUGCCCAUCUACCGGGGCAGAGGGGAGGCACGCUGUAUAAACACCUUUCUGCUACCGGAAGUGAGCGGUAAUGGAGCCACCGCUUUUCACGCUGGCCUGGGCGAACUGGUUCGUCAGUUUCGGGAGCGUGUCCUCGGAUCCAUGCGCGUCUCCAUGUGCCACACCAGCACCGAGCUAAGCGAGGCCAUCUGGUUCGAGAUCCUGGCAGAAAGCGCCCGCAAGGGUGCCCCCCAUUUCGAAAAGAUCUAUGCGGAGAUCAAGCUGCGCCACCUGGACACACGCUGCCAGUGGCGGUCGGACAAUUGGCGUACCUUUCUUACCGGCACAGAAAGCUGAUCCAAAUAUUACGGAUGCGCAGCUGGAGUGGAACUCUGUUAUUGGGCGGGGCAAAUAGCAAGGGCAGGGAUGUUUGCUUGGACCAUUUUAGAGAUUAAAGUUCCAACAUCACUGCUGACCUAUUUUUACUAAAAAAUUGUAUAGUAUUAGUGUUGUUUAAAGUUAACAUAUGAAUCAGAAAUUAAGUGCGUGACUGAUAUACAUAUUGAUUUUUACAUAUUUCAUUAUUAAAUAAAAGACUUCACAGUAA